AUGACGAUCCCUGCUGGAAACCCAGUGUAUGAAUCGUAUUACAAGCAGGUAGAUCCAGCGUACACGGGGCGGGUUGGGGCGAGCGAAGCUGCACUUUUCCUGAAGAAAUCUGGACUCUCAGACAUUACCCUUGGGAAGAUAUGGGACCUGGCCGACCCAGAAGGUAAAGGGUUCUUGGACAAACAGGGCUUCUUCGUGGCAUUGAGGCUGGUGGCGUGUGCGCAGAGUGGGCAUGACGUCACCCUGAGCAACCUGACACUGAGCAUGCCGCCGCCCAAGUUUCACGACACCAGCAGCCCGCUGACGGCCGCCGUGCCUGCCACAGAGGCCCACUGGGCCGUGAGGGUGGAAGAAAAAGCCAAGUUUGACGGUAUAUUUGAAAGCCUUUUGCCCAUCAGUGGUCUGCUGUCCGGGGACAAGGUCAAGCCUGUCCUCAUGAACUCCAAGCUGCCCCUGGAUGUCCUUGGUCGGGUCUGGGACCUCAGUGACAUCGACAGGGAUGGACACCUAGACAGAGAUGAGUUUGCUGUGGCCAUGCACCUGGUGUACCGGGCGCUGGAGAAGGAGCCGGUACCCUCAGUCCUGCCCCCGUCCCUCGUGCCCCCCACCAAGAGGAAGAAGACCAUGUUCCCAGGCGCUGUGUCUGUGCUGCCCGCCAGCCCCCCGCCGAGGGACAGCCUGCGUUCCACGCCGUCCCACGGCAGUGUCAGCAGCCCCAACAGCACCGGCAGCCUGUCCCCCAAGCACAGCGCCACGCAGGCCCAGCCCGCCGUGAGCUGGGUGGUGCCGGUGGCUGAUAAGGUGCGCUUCGACGAGGUCUUCCUGAAGACGGACCUGGACCUGGACGGCUACGUGAGCGGCCAGGAGGUGAAGGACAUCUUCAUGCACUCGGGCCUGACCCAGAGCCUGCUGGCGCACAUCUGGGCCCUGGCUGACACGAGGCAAAUGGGGAAGUUAAGCAAAGACCAAUUCGCGUUAGCUAUGUAUUUCAUUCAGCAGAAGGUCAGUAAAGGCCUCGACCCCCCUCAAGUCCUCUCGCCAGACAUGGUCCCGCCCUCCGAAAGAGGCACCCCAGUCCCGGACAGCUCCGGCUCCCUGGCCUCCGGGGAGUUCACUGGCGUGAAGGAGCUGGACGACAUCAGUCAGGAGAUCGCGCAGUUACAGAGGGAGAAGUAUUCCCUGGAGCAAGACAUUCGAGAGAAGGAAGAGGCCAUCAGGCAAAAGACCAAUGAAGUUCAGGAACUGCAGAAUGACCUGGACCGGGAGACGAGCAGUCUGCAGGAGCUGGAGGCCCAGAAGCAGGAUGCUCAGGACCGCCUGGAUGAGAUGGACCAGCAGAAAGCCAAGCUCCGAGACAUGCUGAGCGACGUGCGGCAGAAGUGCCAGGAUGAGACACAGAUGAUUUCCUCGCUGAAGAUGCAGAUCCAGUCGCAGGAGUCAGACCUGCGGUCUCAGGAGGAUGACCUGAACCGGGCCAAGGCAGAGCUGGGCCGCCUGCAGCAGGAGGAGGCGCAGCUGGAGCAGAGCAUCCAGGCGGGGCGCGCCCAGCUGGAGACCAUCCUCAAGUCCCUGGCAUCCACGCAGGACGAGAUCAACCAGGCGAGAAGCAAGCUCUCUCAGUUGCACGAGCGCCAGCAGGACACCUGCCGGGGCCUCCUGCCCAGCGACGAGGUGCUCAACGGGGCGCCCGGCCUCACCGACUUGAGCGAGCGGGCCGGCUUCGGAGCCACGGUGCAGGAUGAUCCUUUCAAAAAUAAAGCCUUGUUAUUUAGCAACAAUGCUCAAGACCUACACCCGGACCCCUUCCAAGCCGAAGACCCUUUCAAAUCUGACCCCUUCAAAGGAGCUGACCCCUUCAAAGGGGACCCGUUCCAGAACGACCCUUUUGCAGAACAGCAGACAGCAUCGACAGAUCCAUUUGGAGGGGAUCCCUUCAAAGAGAGCGACCCGUUCCGGGGCUCUGCCCCAGAGGACUUCUUCAAGAAACAGUCCAAGAAUGACCCGUUUACCUCAGACCCAUUCACGAAAAACCCCUCCCUCCCUUCCAAGCUCGACCCCUUUGAGUCCAGUGAUCCUUUCUCUUCCUCCAGUGUCUCCUCAAAAGGAACAGAUCCCUUUGGAACCCUAGACCCCUUCGGAAGUGGCUCCUUCACUAGUGCUGAGGGCUUUGCCGACUUCAGCCAGAUGUCCAAGCCCCCACCUUCUGACCCGUUCACCUCCCCCUUCGGAGGAGCAGGAUUCUCAGAGGACCCCUUUAAAAGUAAACAGGACACCCCCGCUCUGCCUCCGAAGAAGCCCGCUCCUCCUCGGCCCCACCCACCCAGCGAAGCAGUGGCAGUAGGACAGAGAAGCACCGCACUGUACUCAGUGUUGGGCGGUCACAGUACACCUGUAAGCCAGCUCGGCCCGGCCGACCUUCCUGAACCCCCUGACCCCUUCCAGGCACUCGGGGCUGACAGCAGUGACCCGUUCCAAAGUAAAAAGGGGUUUGGGGACCCAUUUAGUGGAAAAGACCCCUUUGCUCCCUCCUCUGCGGCUAAGCCUUCCAAAGACUCCUCCUUGGGGCUUGCAGACUUCACCUCUUUUGGCAAUGAGGAGCAGCAGCUGGCCUGGGCCAAGCGGGAGAGCGAGAAGGCCGAGCAGGAGCGGCUGGCGCGGCUGCGGCGGCAGGAGCAGGAGGACCUGGAGCUGGCCAUCGCCCUCAGCAAGGCCGACAUGCCGGCCGUCUAGGCUGGCGCAGGGUGGGCAGGUGGGCUUGCAGAGGCAGGCACCAGGUGGACGUGCACGUCGGAGGCCCACCGCCUCGGACAUGGGACUCACCCCUUUCAUCUCGCAUCCCCCUGCUAAGGGGCCUGCAGGCACUGGGCCGGGAGAGGCCAGGCAUCCCCAUUCCCCAGAGGAGCCCCUGUACAGGGCACGGACCUGCUCCGCCGUGAGCUGCUCCCGCCCCCCC